AGCCAGUUUAUUUUUGACUCUAGCUAACUUUCUCCAUCGAAAAGGCUUCGUCUUCGUUACAUCCAAGCGAAGAAAACCCAACCACAUUACCGACACCAGAACCUCCAGUCCGCGGUCAAGCCUCUGUCCACGCCCAAGUCACGAUGGAUUCAGAUUCAUUCUUCCUCGAUUUGCUCUUCGUCGCCAUAAGCCCGGCGGCUAUAGUCGUGGUAAUGAUCCUUAGUUGCCUCAUCAUGUUCAUCGUCUUUGGAGGUAUAGGCAUGAUUGGGUAUGGGAUCGUCUCCAUCUUUUCCAGCGUGCGUGAAUACGUGCGUGGGCGCGGGGUGGUGGCGGCUGGCGGCGGCAACGACUACGAACUCAUUGACGCCCUCGACUGGCGUUCGGCGAUCAACUCGGUAGAAAACAUGGAGGAGCAGCAGCAGCAAAAGUAUUUGCAACAGCAAGAGGAUGAUGAGGAGAUGGCGGAACGGCGGCGCAGAAGUAACGCGCCGACCCCGUCUUCGUCACGAGCGUCCAGUCGUACUCUUUCUCUCGCCUGAUUAUUCUUCUCCUCUGGUUAUUCCUCUCCCCGUCAGUCUCAUCAUUCUUGUCCGCUUUCUUCUUCAUGACCUGGGUGUGGGAGGGGUGAGACGGGUGGUACAUGCCGGAGGCGGAGGACUGGGGAUUUUGCAAACCUCCCACAAUCUAGCAGACCGACCUGCUG